AUGAAAAUCUUCAUAAUCUUCUCCCUUCUCUUCCAAAUCAUCUCCGCCGAAUAUUGGCUGACUGAAAUUGAAGCCGAACACAUUGGCGAAACUCUGUUGUUGGAUGUGAUGGAAGGUGUUCCCAGUGUCGAGAAGUUCCGGCAAAUCUUCCACGAUCCGUUUUUGAAUGAAAACGUGUCUCGUUCGAUUGAUUAUCUGGUUGGAGAGAUCAGAAGAUCUCGUAAAGAGGAAUUUGAAAAAACAAAUCAUGAGAUCUUGGAUGAUAAUAAUCCGAUUGAACUUGUUGAAGCAUCAAUUCUGAAUGAUAUUGAUUCUAGAAAAGCGAUUGUUUAUCGAGUUCUAAGGAAGUUUGAUAAAGAAAAAUUUGAGAACACUUUUGAUCAAGCAGAUGCUGAAUGGUACGAUAAUUGGGUCCAAGAAAAUGGUGGUGAAGAAUUGAAAAUUUCGGAUAGAGAAAUCAAGGCUUAUGAUAGCUUUUUUGAGAAGCCUGAAAUUGAGGAGAACUCGUUGAAUUUCACGAUUGUAGACAAGAAAACACUGACAAAAUAUCGGAUUGCUGGAUUUGGCAAAAAUUUGUUGUUGGUUUCUGAAACUAGUGUUGCUGGGAAAUAA